CAACUUUUCGUUUUAUGUGGCUGAUAGUUCUUACUGAUCAGCAUCGGCUUAGUGAUGUUGACUAAUGGCUUUUGCAGUCGCACAAUGGGUGCUUUUAUUGGCUUACGGCAAUUCGGGAAAUACAGAUCUGUUCCAAAACACUUUUGGUUCUACUAUUUACUCUAUUUCCGGAAAAUUUUUGUCAACAACUGUAGGUGAUACAGGGUGUUUUAUCGAAAAGCGGCAGAAUCAAUGAAGUGAAAAAUUAAUUGUAUAUAUUUACCAACAUUAUGCCAGGCAAAAGGAUUAAAGCCCAACAGUCCAAAACAAGUCAGGUGAAAAGACCACGACGUGCACAGAACGGAACUGGAGAGUCCACUACCAAUGAUGCUGUGGCUGUCGAUACAAGCACUCAACCCCUUGAUGUUCCUCCUGAAACCUUGGCUGCAUUAACCCAAACCAUAACAAAGGCAGUCACGGAGAAGGUGUUAGCAGAGAUAAAACCAUUACUGCAACAUCAGGGGAGUAUCUCUGUUCAUAAUAUGGGGGGAGAAAGGGGAAAUAAUGCUUCCACUACAUCAAGCAAUAGCUUAACAGCAGGUCCUUCUGGGUCAGUUUGUCAAAUAACAAAUAAGUCAGUAGAUGCAAGUAUCUCAGGAUUGGUAUCAGGCGCUGUAAUCGAACACAGUUCACAGAUUGUAGGUACUGAACUUCCACCUGCAGCAAAUGUCGGUAAGAAAUCAGGUUUUGUAAGCUCAUCAGUACCGAUAGAGGCAACUGUUUCUGACAAAAUAAAAUCUAAAAUUUGGUCAAAACAAUAUGUUGAUAUGGCUCUGUUGUUAAAAAAGGAAAAGGGGAAAAGUAAGUAUUCUAUCAAGGUAGAGGAACAGGAUCAGACAGGUAAGGUGGUAAUCCACAAUAUGCGAUCCACAGAUGAUGACGAAGUUAGGGAUGGUUCGUUAUCCCUGCAUGACUGGGUAGCUGCGUGGAAUAGGUAUGUGACGAUAUAUUGCAUUAAAGAUACACUUGCACAGCCAAAGCUUGCAAAACACAUGGAAUCAGUAAGGCAAAUUGCAGAGGAAAAGGGGGACUGGAGAAAAUAUGAUAAGGAGCUCAGGGAACUCAUAGAACAAGGUGAGGUAGAAUGGGGUGAUGUAUGUUAA